AGGGGGCGCUGCAGGAUCAAGGGGCCUCCGCGGAAGGCCACCGCGGCCUCACGGCGCGCGCGCGCCACUCCUGCAGCCAUGGGGGGCGGAGGCAAGGGCAAGGGCAAGAGCAAAGGGAGCAGCGGCGAUGACGAGUUCGACAAAAUCGCGAAGAGGGCCACCUGGCUGAACCACAACGUGUUCACCGAGAGCCAGAUCAACAACGACGCAGUCAAUGCCGUGGCGGGUAUGGGGAUCGCCAGGGCCAUGGCGCUGUUUAAGGAGAUCGAGGAGAAAGUGGACGAGAUCCGCAACCCCAGCAACUAUCUCUGCGCGGCCGCCAAGAAGGAGGGGUUCCACGCUCCCGACCAGGGAAAGGGCGGCGGCGGCAAGUCCGCCAGUGGAGGCAAGAGCGCAUGGAAGGGCAAGACCAUCCACGCUGGCGCCAGCGGCGACGUGAACCCGAAGGUUCAGAAGAGAGCAGAGUGGCUGAACGACAAGGUCUUCACCGACAGGCCCAUCAAUCGGAAAGCAAUGGAGAUUAUGUCGACUCUCGACAUACCCAGCGCCAUGAGCCUGUUCAGAGAGCUGGAGGAGAUGGGCGACUCCUGUCGCAAUCCUAGUGGCUUCUUGGUCUCCAGAUCCAGAGACGGCUCCUCCAGCCCGGCCAUCAUUGCAGCUGCACCCCGCGACAAGGGUGACAAGGGCAAGGGCAAGGGCAAGGGCGACAAGGGCAAGGGCAAGGGUGGGGGUGGCGGCAAGAGCGGCGCGUCCGACGAAGACAGGAUAGAGAAGAGAGCGCAGUGGCUGAACAAGAACACCUUCGUGGACCGCCCCCUGGACGACGACUCCGUCUGCGCCCUGAUGGGCAUGGACCUGGGGACGGCCAUGGACAUCUUCCAGGAGCUCGAGGAGAAGUCCGUCGGCAAUCCUAGCGCUUACGUCAAGAAGGCCGCCAAGGCCAUGGGCCUGGCGCCCGCCGAGGAUGCCGCUCCGCCUCCGAGGUCAAAGGGCGGUGGCAAGAGCAAGAACCCCAAGCCGCCGCCCCCUCCCAGGGGCACCAUCAGUACCAUCGGCAAGGACCCCAAGAAGCGGCCAGCCCCCGGCGACGGGCCGCCCGCGAAGAAGAGGGCCGUCGGCUCCGGCUGAGCCGCGCCCCUCGCGGCCUCGGGCGCGCCCUGCGCCAGCCCGCCGCCCUCGCCGAGGGGCCUUCGUCUCCUUCCCUUUGAACCCCCUCCCCCUCUACUUCCCAUCUCCCUUCCCUUCAUGCUUUCUCUCUGCCCGUGGCCUUCGAUGACUGCAGCCCCGCCUAGGCUUAGGACGCGACAACGCUGCGCACGGAUUUACAGCGCUAUCUGUUUACCUACUGCGUAUAGAGCGGCCGAAAA